CUUAUCAAAAGAGAUAUUUUUUCGUAAUCUGUUUAUUUUGUUGGUUGGUGUUGCUGCUGCUUUUGUUGUUCUUUCCGUUUCUUCAAAAGAUAAACUCAAAAUGAUGACUGAUAAGAAGCAGCACCGAAUUAAUAAAGAAAACAUGAUUUAUACACGAGUAUUUUUCUAAAGCCGGCGCGGCGCAGCAGCGACGAAAAUAAAUUUUAGUUAGUAUCGCUUUGCACUUGGAUAGUAUAAGUUGGUUGUGUUGGACAAAGAUUAAUCAACAACAAAACAUUAAAUUAAUUUUCCACUCAAAAUCAAUCAUGGCUCAAAUCAGGCAACUUGGCAGACUUGUGUUGAAGAAAAACUUCCAUACAGGCACGCCGGCACGUAGUACUUCUUAUCUCAUCGAUACUCCUGAAUACUCAUUCCUUAAGGACAUCGGCUUGGACCGAACAAAUCCCGGGGUCUUUAAUGGCUCCUGGAAGGGCUCUGGGGAAGCAGUACGAUCUGUGGAUCCUGGAACUGGUGAAGUCAUCGCAGAGGUGCGAAUGGGAACCGUAAGUGAGAUGCAAGAGACUAUUGGCUUCGCUGCGCACGCCUACAAGGAAUGGUGUGCUGUCCCAGCACCGCAGCGGGGUGAAAUCAUCCGGCAGAUCGGUGAUGAGCUGAGGAAGUACAAGGAACCUCUAGGCAAGCUGGUCAGUUUGGAAGUGGGCAAGAUCUACAGCGAGGGCCAGGGCGAGGUUCAGGAGUUCAUUGACAUCUGUGACUAUGCGGUUGGACUCUCUCGUAUCUAUUCGGGCCAAAUGAUUAACUCAGAGCGAGCGAAUCACACAAUCUUGGAAGCGUGGAGGCCUGUGGGUUUGGUAGGGGUCAUCUCGGCCUAUAAUUUCCCCAAUGCUGUCUUUGGAUGGAAUGCCGCUAUCGCCUUGGCAACUGGAAAUAGUGUUCUGUGGAAGGGAGCUCCCAGCACUUCCCUAGUCUCAGUUGCGACGACAAAAAUUGUUGCUGAAGUCUUGAAACGCAAUAAUCUGCCUCCUAUUGCAACCCUUUGCCAGGGAGGCGUUGAUGUCGGCAAGAAUCUAGUCCAAGAUCCUCGAGUGAAUCUGGUUUCAUUUACUGGCAGUUGCCAGGCCGGUCGUGAUGUCGGAGUGGAAGUUCAGAGGCGAUUCGGAAAGAGCAUCCUCGAAUUAGGCGGCAACAACGCUCUCGUAAUCAACGACGAUGCUGACCUUGACAUGGCCAUUGAUGCAGCUCUAUUCGGUUGCAUUGGAACUUCAGGCCAGCGAUGCACAUCCACAAGACGCAUCAUCGUCCAUCAAGCUGUUUACGAUGAAUUCGUAGCCAAGCUCACAAGCAAAUACGACUUGGUUAUGAAUAAAGUCGGUCACCAGCUCAAAAGCAAUACACUCUUCGGACCUGUUCACUCGCAGCAGAAUGUCGAUGGAUUCAAGGCAACUGUUGAGGAAGCUGUGAAGGCUGGUGGUAAGAUAGCGUUUGGUGGAAAGAUUAUUCAUAGGCCUGGUUUCUUCGUCGAGCCCACAAUCAUCACAGACCUAUUCCAUGAUUCUCCAGUGGUCCUCAAGGAAACCUUUGCUCCAAUUGUUUACGUCCUAAAAGCCAAAUCUCUUAAACAAGCAAUUCUUUGGAACAACGAAGCCGAACAAGGUCUCUCGUCAUCGAUAUUCACCAAAGACGUUACAAAAAUGUUCCAAUGGAUCGGCCCCCGGGGAUCCGAUUGUGGUAUUGUAAAUAUCAACACAACAACAAAUGGCGCAGAGAUCGGUGGAGCCUUUGGCGGAGAGAAACACACAGGAGGUGGACGAGAAUCCGGUUCGGAUGCAUGGAAACAGUAUUGCCGCAGAGCCACAAUUACCGUUAAUCAUUCUGGUGAAUUAGCAGCUGCACAAGGUGUUGAAUUUCAAGUUUAAAAACAACAACAAAACAAAAACGAAAACAAAAUAUUUUGUAAUUUUAAAGUAAACAGCGACGAUUUAGUUUAGAUUAAGAUUAAAAUAAAAACAAAUAAUUUAGUUUACACAAAGAGUGAGAGGAGUAAAAAAGAAGAACAAAUAUUAAAACAUUUAUUUUGUGAGAGAAUUA